AUGAGUUACUGUCUUCUUGGACUGAACUCGGGCCCUGCAAACUGGGCCAGUGUUAGCCGCCUGGUGGAGGCCGUUUGCAACCAGCUCUGCGUCUUCACCCGGUGGCCACGUGGUCCAGAGGGACCGUGCUGGCCAGACUCUCCCUUCAGCAAAGGGUCUUUGGUCCAGGUGGGACAAGGACAGUCUUUUAACUUCAAUGUCCUGGAGGAGCAGCCUGGGCCCUCCAGCAGGGGUCUGCCUCCUCCUCCUCCUCCUCCUCUUCCUCCUCCUCCUCCUCCUCCUCCUCCUCCUCCUCCUCCAGAGAGAAUGAACAGCAUGGCCCCUCAUUCACUGCUGUUGGUCCUCCCCUCGCUCCAGCACCACUCCCCUCUUCUGUUCCUCCCCCUCCUCUGCCUGGACUACCUGUACCCAGGACCGACCAGAGCCUACAGGAAGAGGAAGGUGACCUGAAGCUGCUGUGGCAGAGCGGGGGCCGCUGCCUGGAGGAAAAACCCUCCGGCUGCCAACGUCAUACAUCUGCAGCAAGUGUGUCCAACCCAGAAGGAUUGACACU